AUGCUGUCCAGAAUCGGCACGACAGCGGCCCACGCGCCUGCGAGGGUGGAACUGUGUCUUCGCAUUAAGCCCACGUGCCUGGCAUCAUCAUCAUCAUCAUCAUCAUCAUCAUCAUCAUCAUCAUCAUCAUCGUUACCGCGCAGGGGGUCGAAAAGCCGUCUCGGUCAUGCGAGCAAUGCGUUUGCCGUCUGGGCUGUCCCACGGCGGGGCUAUGCCAGCAGCAGCAGCAGCAGCAGCGUCAUCACAAAGGACAAGCCCGACGCAAAGAUCGCGGUGCUCGGCGGUGGCUUGACGGGGCUGUCGACGGCCUUGUUCCUCUCCAUCUUUGCGCCCAGGGCCAGAAUUACUCUGUACGAGGCCAACGAGCGUCUGGGAGGCUGGGUGCACACGGUCGACUCCAGCGCCGAGGACGCGCAGGGGAGGCCGCAGAGCGUCAAGUUCGAACGAGGGCCGAGGGUGGUGCAGCUCAAAGAGGGCGAUGCAAACUCCCGUCUUUAUGUCUUGUUGCUUCACCAACUGGGCAUCGCAGAUCAGGCGUGGGCUUUGGGUCAGGACUCGGAACUGGCGCGCCGCUACAUCUACCACCCGGACCACCUUAUUGAUCUCACCGGUCCAUCAAACAGCGACAGCCGCCUCAUCAAAUCCGCGUCGUUGGCUCGCUUCGCCGGCAGGAUGCUGAAAAACGCCCUGACGGAGCCGGCGCUCAAGGGCCUGCUGCCCGCCCUCGCCCACAUGCUCUCCAACCGGAAGCCGCUGGGCGCCGAGGAGUACUGCCGGCGCCUCGUCGACAUCGAGGACGAGUCGAUCGGCAGCUGCCUGACGCGGCUCUUUGGCGGGCGCAGCAGCGUGGCCGACAACCUGGCCUCGGCCAUGACGCACGGCAUCUACGGCGGUGACAUUUGGAAGCUGAGCAUCCAGUCGACGUUGUUUGCGAGGGCGCAGAUGUUUCCCUACCGUCUCGACGUGCCCAAGCCGUCGAGGGACUCGAGAUUUUCGGUCGAGAGGCUCAGUGACCUGAACAUGAUGACCUUGGUCACCAAGGCGUCGUCCGAGGAAUGCGUGGCGACUGGUCAGAGGCUCCUGGGUGGCUACACGGGCUUCUACGGUGGCAUGGAGGCGCUCACGGAGGCGUUGGUGCAGGCUCUACGCAAGCGGAGCAAUGUCACGAUAGAGACGGGCAGCUUUGUGAGCGAUGUGGCGCCUUCGUUGUCGAGUGAGCUUGUUGAGGUCAAAACAAGCAAGUCAACCGCAACUUUUGACAAGGUCAUAUCAACAUUGUUCAGCCGGCAGCUUGCUUCCAUCACAGGCGGACGUAUCCCCGCCCUCAGCGAGAAAAAGGGCGCGUCCAUGCACGUGGUCAACAUCUGGUUCCCCAGAUCCGGGCUGAACCACCCGCACCACGGCUUCGGAUACCUGAUAUCAUCCCAGGCCGACGUCGAACGGGGCCUACUUGGCGUCCUCUUCGACUCUGACCGUGAAGGUGCCAUUUGGCGAGAGUGGAAGCAACGGCAAGACGCCGUCGUCGGCGGCGGCAGCAAAGACGAAACGGCUUCCUCCUCCUCAGCCGCCCGUCAGCAACCCCCAACCGGCACCAAGCUGACGGUCCUCCUGCGCGUCCCCUGGGAGGACGAACCGCCACGGAGUCCCGAGCAGGCCGAAGCCAUCGCCCUCGCCCACGUCCGGCGGCAGUUCGGCAUCGCCGCCGACGAGCCCGUCCACACCCAGGUCAGCACCGCACGCGACUGCAUCCCGCAGCACGAGGUCGGGCACCAGGCGAGCCUGGCCGCCGCCCACGCCCAGCUGGCCUCCGCCUUUGGGGGCCGCCUCGCCGUCGCCGGCCCCUCGUACACCGCCCCGGGCAUCCUGCCCUCCAUCCGAGCCGCCUUUGACGUCGCCGCCAGCUGCACCGGCCUGCACGACGCCUACCGCGGACUGGCCCCUGCUGCGUCUGCCACUCACACGCCAGCCGAGCUCGCUCUCGUCCCCGACCCGUCCGUCGGCUCCACGGGACUGGGCCGCUUCGCCCAAGGCAGGAGGUCCAUGUGGGAUGACCUCGCCAUUGUCGACAGCGCCGUCAAGGCCGACUUUUUGGACCUGAAGAAGGAGUCUCUGGAGCGCAUAAUCGUACCGCGGCUGCAGUUUGGCAGUCUGUCCAAAUCGUUGUAG